AUGACAGUGAGGCAGUGCUGGUCCCUUCGCCGUAACUUCGCCAUUCUCCUCGUGAUCUGGAUCUUCCGCUAUUUCUUCAAAUUUGCCAAGAUGCUCGCUGGCCCCUCGGACCCCAGCGUCGUCCGCGUUCAAGAACUGCACAAGAAGGCCUUCAACUCCAUCAGCGCCGCCCUGGACGUGGACACGACCAAGCACAACUUCCCAGAGGCCCUGCGACUCUACAAAAUCGGUCUAGACGACAUUGAAAAGUGUUUGAGCAUUGAUUUGAGUUACGGCAAGGGGCCCGGGUAUGACAGGGCCAGGACUCUGCAGGACAAGAUGCGGAAGAACAAGAUGGACGUGGAGGACAGGAUCGUCAAGUUGGGGGAUUUGAUUAGUUUGGGAAGCAGGCAAGAAGAGCAGGGGAAGCCACGGGGUUAUGUGCAGAGGCCCGUGCAACCUGUAGCACCCAACAGGCAAGGAUUUUACAGUUGA